AUGAAUAAUUUCAAGCAGAAGAGACCUCAUAGUCCAGAUUCUUUAACUAUUCGGAAUUAUAAGAGGCAAAGGUUGCUACUAGAUUUUCAGAGUCUGUCCAUUACAAAUGGUACUAACGAUCAGCAUCAAAGGAACGUUAACAAAUAUCCAGCAACCAAGGAUUCUAAAGUUAUUAAUCUGAAUUUGUCAAAUGAAUUGAACUUAACGAUCCCUACUAAGUUUAUGAAUACCCUUGAUAAGUCUACCGAUAAUAAAGUAAUUUAUGAAAAUUGGAAAUCUUACCUUUACAAGAAGAAUUUACAAUUAAUACAAUGGGUUGAUAUGAAACUAGUGAUUUAUACGAUUUGGUUUAAUUGGUUUUCUAAUCUUAAUGACCAUACCAAUUUAAAUAUAAAUGCUGAUAUGGAUAUGGACGAUGAAUAUUAUAAUGGUGAGAUAGAUGAGGAUGGUGAUAUAGAUAUGGAUAUGGAAUAG